UGUCCUUCGACAACGCAGUAUUCCAGCACGUUAGCUGAUUGAUUGAUUUUUUUGGUUAGACUGAUCCGAGGUCAGUUCUUCUUCCUGAGCGUACGCAGAUAAAGCUACAGGAGGUCUGAGCGUAGAUCAGAUGUGGAAAGGGCUUGAGAAAGAGGAAGUGCAAGUGAACAUUUGUAUUUCUCCAUUUAGCAGUACAGACAGAGACCAAGCGAUCACAAGGACGGACGAGCGUUCUCAUCCAGGCGCGCCACGAAAGACAAGAUGUCAUGCCUCAAGUGCCUAAAAUACACCAUGUGUGUGGUGAACUUCAUCUUUUUUCUUUGUGGAGCUGCUAUAUUUGGACUGGGGAUCUACAUAAGCACCACAACAAAGUACUUGACCUUCUUCCCUUCCUUGUCCAUCGUGAACUUGGCCAGCGCACUCUUCGUCAUCGGCAUCUUUGUCACUAGCGUGUCCUUCCUGGGUUUUCUGGGGGCGCUCAAGGAAAACCGAUGCCUCUUGAUUUCAUUUUUCAUUCUCUUGUUCCUGCUGAUGUUGGCCGAGCUGACCGUGGCCUGCCUCCUGCUCUUUUACGAGACUGAUAUCGAUAACUACAUUGGAAAAGAACUGAAGGACAGCAUGCAGAAAUCCACUGGAGGAGGAAAUAACACAUCCAUUGACUGGAACAUGAUUCAGAACACCUUUGAGUGCUGUGGUGUAAAUAAUUUUACGGACUGGGACGGCACAAAAAUACCAUCUUCAUGUUGUAAAACAGAACCAUGUACGAGCUACUGGAAAGAGGGCUGCUAUUUAAAACUGAAGAACUGGUUUGAAACCAAUCUGCUGGGAACUGGGAUUGCAGUCAUCGUCAUCUGCAGCAUCGAGGUUUUGGGUAUGUGCUUCUCCAUGACUCUGUUCUGCCACAUCAGCAAAUCUGGACUCGGCUACAAGUGAACAGCCAUGCCAGGGUUUUUCUUUUUUUUCCCGUAACACAAACGAGCGUGGAUGAGAACGCUUGGCCUCCAUUUCUACAUUCUAGUUUUUAUUAUUUCAUCAUUAGACUUUGUGACACAGAUUACAAUUAUGACAUAUAUGAUGCGAUUGGCAUGCUUGUGUACUGGUACACAGCUUUAUUACUGCAUACAUAUUUAUAUAUGUUUUAUCAAAAGAAAAUGCAUGUACAGAUAAUGCCAAUGAUUCGAAUUAUAAGGUUAACUAUAAUGACAGGAUGUUGCCUUGGAAAAUUCUGUGUAGUGUAGUGCAAUAUAAGGCUGGACCACUUUUUGUUUAAAUGUAUAUAUUAAAUGCUACUUUUGUUGUUUGACAUGAACUUCUAUUAAAUAGUUUCAUUGCCAUAUACCGUCUUUAAGUAAUCCUAGGAGAAGUAUUCGCAGUUUCAUUGCUAAAUAUAUCUCUGUAUAACUUUCUGGUGAACAGAAACCCCGCUUUUUAUGACCAAAAAUACACACAAACACUGGAACGGACAGUAAUAGUCGAAAAUAUUCCCCCAAAACUGACGUGUAUGUAGCUGUAUAAUUAGGAAUUCCAUGCUAAGCAUGUUUUUUCAAGUAUAAUCUUAAAUAUCACGGUCAUUAAGCAGAGCUGGUGUAAAGAAAGUGCAUUGAAAUGUACAUUUCAUUUAUUUUUUUGUGUAUUACCCUAAACUCUGCCAAACUUUAUUUAAGGUUUAGAUUUGGACCUGAAAAGUGGGUGAUCGUUUCCUGAAUCCUGUCUAGUAUUGCUAUGCUAACUGCUGUAUUAUGUGACAUUUCAGGUUUAUGUUUUAAAAAAAAAUUAUUAAUAAUAAACAUUUUCUGUGGGAUAAAAAAA